CUGGAAUUGAAGAAGGGUAACAAAGAUAAAGCAUUGCAUGGCCUAAAGCAUAGCAGAGAAGGGAAGAUGAUCGUUUCCACUGAUUUUAGUCUCUGAUACUUGAGAACCAACAUGGAUUUUAUCCAAUGUCUCGGACCUGACUUGUCAAUAAAGGUUUUCUCCUGUUUGGAUAAUCCUGGUGACCUUGUUCGUGCCUCAGCUGUUUGUAGUUCUUGGGAACAUUUUGUUAUUGAGAAUGGCCUCUGCAAGCAACUAUGCUUGAAAAUGAUUCCUGAGGUAUCUGGUGUUGUUCCUAGAAUUGAAAGAUUCGUGAUUGAACCUGAUAGGGACAUGCGUUACCAUUAUUAUACAAAAUGGGGGUGUCUUAAGAAAAAUCAUAAACUCUAUGCGAACCUAGCUUUUGGUUUCACUCCUAGGAAGAACAAUUGCAUGUCACAUUGCAUGGAAGUAUCAUUAUUAUGCCAAUCAUAUGAGGCUUUAGUGUAUCGGCUGUGUUCAAAUUUAUGUCUUGUUACGGAUAUUAAUGUCCAACCAUUCCUAGCAUAUUAUGGUAAUGGCUUGCACUUGUAUUCAACUAAGGCUGUCCGAUUUAGAUUGGGUUAUCGGAGACGUGGCAAGGAAAUAGAAUCAAUGACUGGCUUAGAUAUGCUUCGUAAAAGAAAAACUACUGGCUUAGAUAAGUCGUUGACUUUUGGUGAGAAAUUCAGAUGGACAUAUACUUCACCGAUAUUUCCAAUGUCUCAGGAAAAUAAGUUGCAAACAUUCAAGCUACCUAAACCUGUUCUGUGUAUUGGAGGUGUUUUGCUAGUGGAGCUGUUUGGUACAGGUCAAAAAGAAAAAGUGGAUAAUUUUUACAACUCAGGGAUUACAUGGUGGUAUAGUUGUGCCUCCCAUGUUGAAGUUGUUGCACGGACAGUAAUUUCUCCAGAAUUUACUGUGAGGGUUCAUCAAUUUGGAAGGUACAACUUAUUAUAUUUCCCUCACGAGCACGAGGAACGGGAGUGUAAUUGCUUGUUUUUGGGGGAGCCGAGAGCCUCAAAUAAUUAGUACUUCGGGAACAUAAUUUUAAAUUGCAUUAUUGAUUACUAUUGACUCUUUUUUGGUGAACAUUA